AUGAUGGAAAAUUCCCACAAAGAGUAUACGGCCAUUUGUAGUGAACGAACAUUACAAUCGAACAGCAAUGGUUUCUUUAUGGACUUUGUACGAAUAGUUGUUGAAAAUGCCGGAGGCAAAUGGAUCAACACGGAGUUCGGAAAAUUGAAAACUGAUAGACAAAGAAUCAGAUAUGUAUAUGAAUCCGAAAAGACCAAAUCACAAGUAACCAAGGUACUGUCGAAUGUCCAAGAAAUAUAUAGACAAAAAAAUGCAGGAGUGUCCCAAGCAAAGAGGCUUGAAGCUGAAAAGGCUUUCUCGAAUGGCGAUUUGAAGGCAUCGUUACUUUUGUACAGUCAAAGUAUACUAAGGUCACCGAAAACGAGCGAAAACAGCCAUUUUGACUCUGGGGGAACAUUAGCCCUAGGUCUUUGGGGACGCUCCAAGGUACUCCUGGCGCUCCAAGAGUAUCCUCUGUCUCUCAACGAUAUACAGCAGGCUCUGAAAGAAAAUCUGCCGACCGUUUACAAGGCGGAGGCGUUCUGGAAAAUGGCCAUUUGUUAUAAACAUCUGCAGGAGGAGAACAGAGCUAGAGUGUCGUUCGAUUUGGCUCAGAAAUUGCUGGGAAGCAACGAGAAACUGCUAGGAAUGUUAGAAAAGGACAGGAACGAUGAUAUUCAAAAUUACGAUAACAAUAAAGUAACUGAAAAAAACGGAUCGACUCGUCAAACACGAUCAUGGGCAUCGAAAAAAAUCACGUUCAAAGAGAAAGAAGGCCUCGGAAGAUUUGCAGUCGCCAAAAAGGACAUCAAAACUGGCGAAGACCUGGUUGUGGAACAACCUUACGUCGCGUGUUUGUUGCCUGACAUGUUUGGGACACACUGUCAUCAUUGUUUUGAAAGAUUGAAAGCCCCAAUCGGUUGUCCAGACUGUUCCAACGUAGCUUUUUGCUCUGCAAUUUGCAAAGAGGCAUCUUGCAACAGCUACCAUCGGCACGAGUGCAAAUAUUUGGACUUGCUGAUCGGCUCAGGAAUGAGCGUGCUCGCUCACGCCGCCCUCAGAAUGGUGACUCAGAACGAGCUGGCCAGGUGCCUGGAGAUAUACGAGGACAGGUCGAAAGAGAAGGUUUAUGCGUUGUGCACUAAUGCUGGACAGAGGUCUGCAGAGGAUUUCCUGCAGAGGACUUUGAUGGCCGCUUUUUUGCUCAGAUGUUUACAGAAAUGCGGGUACUUUGGAUGCAAAAAUGGAUAUGACGUAAUGCCGACCGAGGAAGAAUAUCGCAUCGGAGAAUUGCUGCUACACCAUCUGCAAAUGUUGCAGUUCAACGCCCACGAAGUGUACGAAACCAGGGUUGCCGCAGGAUCGAAUUUGAAAGGAUCGAAAAUCGUUUACAUCGGCAUCGCCGUCUAUCCGACGGUCAGUUUGUUCAACCACGACUGUUAUCCUGCGGUGACAAGGCACUUCUCGGGCAAAACGAUCGUGAUAAAGGCGUCGCGACCGGCGCGUCGCGGCGACCCCAUCGCCGAGAACUACGGCCCGACGUUCACGAGGCGGUCCAAGCGCGACCGCCAGAGGGCGCUGCGCUCGCGGUAUUGGUUCGACUGCUGGUGCGCAGCUUGCCUGCAAGAUUGGCCUACAAUCGAACACGGAUUGGACGACGCCACCAGAAGGGUCAGGUGUACGAGUCCUGGUUGUUCUUAUCUUCUAACGAUUCCAGUAUCGAAAGACACAGUGAGGUGCCCUAGAUGCGAGAAGGAUGUUUGCUUGAAAGAAAACAUCGACCUUUUGAGAUGGUGCGAGGAACAAUACGAAAAGGGUUUCCGUCAGAUGGACUCGAAACAAUACGAAAAAGCCAUCGAUACUUGUUGCAAAGCGAUCGAUGUCUUUCACAGAGUAUCAGCUCCGCCACAUAAAGGCACUCAUCUAGCACAAGAAACAUUACAGUUAUGUGUCGCAUCAUAUGGAAAUGUUGCAGAAACAUUAGUAAAAAAAAGCUGA